ACGCUCUAACCACUGAGCACCGCUAGGACCACACUGCUUUUUUAAUACAAAUGUCUAUUCUGAUUAUCCUCGUCUCACAAUUAUACAUUUGGUAUUUGGGAAGUGGAUAAUAUGUCUCUUUAAUUCAUGGAUCUUCAAAUCAAGAAAAACAUAUUUAAAAAAACAAAUCCAGGGUGUCUUUUCCAGAUUGGGUCAGAUUUAGAUGUUAAGAUCCUGGACGUAGAAGCUGAGUCUGAUACUACAGACAUGAGAUUUUGGCAUGGUUUUAGGAAACAGUGACUGUAUGUGUGGGAAGUAUGUAAAUAAUGUGUGGCCAAAGUACAGACUGUGAUUGUUUUAGAACAUGGCCCCAAAAUUCUUUGAUGCUCUUACCUCCCCUUGAAGCUGUGCAGACUUUUGACUGUUUCUCCUAAAGGGGAGUACAUCAUAGUGAUGCCAUGUGAUUUCCUCAGCUAGUCCACAUAGUUCCCAUUUGGUUAUCUUGGCGUGUUCUCACUGAAGGAUUCUACAGGAGAUUUUCUCUCUGGCUUGUAGACGAGACAACGGACAUAGCAAGUACUGUCCAACUGGCCAUCUUUGUUAGUGGAAUAACUGCAGUUUGACAUACAAGAGGAACUCCUGUCACUGGAAGCCAUGCAUGGCACUAUAAGAAGUGAGGACUUGUUUGAGAGACUUGUUUUAUCAAUGAAAAAACUUGAGCUAACAUUUGAAAAGUUUAGUGGCCUUACUACAGAUGGAGCUCCAGCCAUAGUUGCCUCACAAAAAGUGUUAAUUGCAUUUGUCAAGAAAGAACUGAAUUGUCUCAGUCUUGAUCCAAGUGAUUUAAAUAUGUCACUGCAUCAUACACCAAGAAAGUCUCCAUGCAUAGUCAUUGCGGCUCAACAAUGUGAUGUCAACAGUAGUGUCUUGCAUAAAUUUUGUCAAAAGCAGAGGGUUUAACAGCUACCAAUCUAAGGAGUAACUGAAUGAUCUUGACUCUGAGUAUGGUGAUCUUGUUUAUCACUGUGAAGUUCGGUGGCUGGUCGCAGCAACAUGUUCCUCAGGUUUUACGAACUGAGGGGAAAACCUGUCAGGGAACCCAAUGAUAACAAGUGGCUGUGUGAUCUAGUGUACAUUACCAAGUACCUCUCAGAGCUGAACGUCAAGCUGCAGGACCCCCAACCAGCUUCUCAGCUCCCUGUUUUCAAAUGUGAAAUCAUUUGAAGCUAAAUUAAGUCUGGGGAAACUGCAACUUGAAAGGAAUGACACACUGAAAUGACACAUUUCCCCACUCUGGAAGGACAAAAGCCUUCUAUGACAUUUUAAUAUGCUGGUGAAUGUGCGAAACCAAUUGAGGCAUUUAAUGAAAGAUUCAAGGACGUGAAAAGUAAAUGAAUGGGAUUGAACAUCUUUGCUACACUGUUCAAUGUGGAACCAGCUGAUGUGCCUGAUAACCUACCACACGAAAUCAUUAAGCUGCAAAGCGAUGAUGAGCUAAAAGCUAAGUACAACAACCCCCAGCUGCUUGAGUUCUAUAAACGUUACAGAAGCAGUGAUGAAUUUCCCACUUUCAGGAAACAUGCAUUGAAAUAUGCAUCUGUGUUUGUGACAACUUGCUGCCAUGAGCAAUUCUUUUCAAAACUUACCAUAGCAAAGAGUCGAUUGCACUCCAGACUGACUGACGCAAACCUGGAAAAGCAGUUGCAAGUAGCAACAUCAGUACCAGCUAACAUCACACGCCUCACCAGAGAGGUAGUUCCAGCCAUCACAUUAGGGCUCUGUUGGCUCAGAAUUCUGCCAGUUCCGGAGGGACACACAGAGGAGGAAGAAUGGAUGCAGGAUUGCUGACCACUUGGUCACAGGACUUGGUGACCUUUGAGGAAGUGGCGGUGGACUUCUCCCAGGAGGAGUGGGCACUGCUGGACUCUGCUCAGAAAAUCCUGUACAGAGAUGUGAUGACGGAGAACUUUAGGAACCUAGCCUCUGUGGGGUAUCAUCUCUGCAAACACAGUCUGAUCACUGAGGUGGAGCAGGAAGAACUGAGGCUAGGGGAGAGAAGAAUUGUCCAAGGUGCCUGUUCGGUUUCAGACUGGGCUACUCAACUUAAAUCAAAAUAUGCAAAUCCUAUGCAGAAUGUUCCUGGGGAAAACACUUCUAAUGGCAUAAAAACGGCACCAACUCACCCUGGUGAAGAACCCUUGGAAUCUGAUCACUUUGGAAAAUUCUUCAGAAAGAAUUAUCACUUUACGUGUACAAGAUAUUGCAAGGGACAGAAAUGCUACAAAUAUAAAGAAUACAGGAAAGACCUUGGCCAUUUCUUAACUCUUAGGAGUCAUGUGAGCCCUCACUCUGAAGAGAACAUUUCUGAAUGUAAUGAUUAUGGCAGAGCUUUCCAUCCAGAGUCAUCCCCUAGGGCCCACUCAAGAACUCUCACAGGAGAGACACCUUGUGAGUGCAAUCAGUGUCUUCCGUCCUUCAGCUUACAUGCUUCCUUUUCAGUACAUGUGCAAAAUCCUAUUGGAGGGGAGCUCUGUGAAUGCCGUGACUAUGGAAAAAGACCUUCCCUUAGUGUGCACAAAAACUCGUGUACUGUGAAGGAAAGCUCAGAAUGCGAUGAACAUGAGAAGGUUUUUGGUGGCCCCUUGUCCCUUCAGAAAUGUGUGAGACCUCACACUGGAGAGAAAUCUUAUCAAUGUAGUGACUGUGGAAAAAUAUUCAUUUUUCACUCUUCCCUUAAGAAACAUGUGAGAUCACACACUGGAGAGAAACCUUACGAGUGUAGUCAUUGUGGAAAAUUCUUCAGCCAGAGCUCUCAUCUUAAUGUGCACAAAAGAACUCACACUGGAGAGAAGCCCUAUGACUGUAAGGAAUGUGGCAAGGCUUUCACUGUUCCUUCCUCCCUCCAAAAACAUAUGAGAACCCACACUGGAGAGAAGCCCUAUGAAUGCAGCGACUGUGGGAAAGCCUUCAUUGAUCAGUCAUCCCUUAAGAAACAUCGACGCUCUCACACUGGAGAGAAACCUUAUGAGUGUAGUCAGUGUGGAAAAUCCUUCAGCACAGGCUCUUAUCUUAUUGUGCACAAGAGAACGCACACUGGAGAGAAAACCUAUGAGUGUAAGGAAUGUGGGAAGGCCUUUAGGAAUUCCUCUUGCCUGAGGGUACAUGUGAGAACUCACACAGGAGAAAAGCCCUAUAAAUGUAUUCAUUGUGGAAAAGCAUUCAGCACCAGCACUAACCUUAUAAUGCACAAACGAAUACAUACUGGGCAAAAACUUUAUGAAUGAAAUGACUACAAGCUAGCUUUAAGUGUUCCUUCACAGCUCCUUCCUCACUUUAGAACUCACACUGGAGAGAAACCUUAUUGUGAUCAAUGUGCCUUUAGGCACAACUCUCAACUUCCCCUAUGCUGGGACCAAGCUUAUUAGUGUUACUGUUCUCUGUCUGUAUUAGUGAGUGUUUCAUCCUUAAAGUUCAACAGCUCAUUAAUCGAUGAGUAUUAAAUGUAAUGUAGCACUCUAAAUUUCCCUUGAUUUACAUCACAGAAGUUUUGAUGUUUUCAUUGUAAUUUAGUACUAAAUAUUGUCCAAUUCUCAUCAUGAUGUCAGGACCUAUAAGGUUAUUUAGAAAUGUGUUUUUUAAUGUACAGACUCUGCAUAUUUUAGUUAUCUUUUAGUUAUAGAUUUCUAACUUAAUUGUAUUGUGCACUGAAUGUGUGGUCUUCAUGAUAUAGAUCCUAAAUGACAAAGAUUCAGGCAAAAAAAUUGUUGGAGAUUUGCUUUGUGGCCUAAUGUGUCAGAUACAAAGAGUUGCUGGCCUGAUAUCCAUUGCUACCUUCCUUCCUUAGAGUAACAGAACUACAAUUGUGUUCAAGUUGGCAGUGUGGACAGUUUUUUUCAGGACUCAUCGCCUAGAUUUCCUUGCAGCUAUGAGUGCCCAUGAGCCCACAGUCCUGACCAAUGAUAGUGAGAGGUCAGUGCUUAUGGCUUUUAAAGAAAACCAUGGAAAUGGGAGCAUCUCAUCCGGAAUUUUCUCUUUACCAUUUCCCCUUUAUCUUAUCUCUUCUUGUUUCUUAGGAAAUAAAUGAAAAGGAUAGCAGCUAUAGGCUACUGGUUAUACAACAGGGACAUACAAUAGUAUUUGGCUGUACCAACCCUGGGUUGCUUAUUUCUAGACUUCAUGUAACAUUAAAAAAAUAAACUCCAAACUGGUUUAAACCA